AUGCGAGGUCGAUUCCUUAAUAUCGAUUACUUCUCUACUCCACCUUCUCUUGUAUAUGAAACCCUAGGCUUCCUCAAUCUUCCGGCUCCUGAUAAUUUCCCGGCACCUCUAGUCCGCGACCGCGAAGAUGAGCUUCUUCGAUUUGGACCUGUCGAAGAUUUCUGUCUCCCGAUCGAGAAUUUGCCUAUUGAAGCUGCUCUGUCGAAGUUCCUCUGCGACGUGGUUCCCGAUCGCGUCAGUGUGGACUAUAAUUUCGAAAUUGAUGGCUCUUCCCUCGGAGACGAGCUAAAUUCUCAGAUCCUAGAGAAGAAUGAUGGAGAUGGCAUUGAGGAGAAACUUAAUCUAAAUCUUAACAUUAUCCAGUUGGAGACUCCGGAGUUGGAUUUCGAAAUGGAUGGAAAUCUCUCAUCCAAGAUGGAGGAUCUCCAAUGUUUCUCUGAAGUUCUUGAGAUCGAAAAUGAGCCGGUUAAAUUUGAAGAGUCAGAUAUUAUCCUUCAGAACUCAAAUGACAUUCAACAACAGAUAUAUGCUGUUGACCACAUUUCUUCUGAUUACUUCACAGAGAAUAAUACUUCGGUAAGAGAAGAUGAAUGCUUACGCAAGAAUCGACCAUGGUUCAGAGAUGCCAGAUUUCCCCUUCUAGAAGUGGAUGAAGUAAACUUGAGGGAACUGUCAAGCUUAUCUAUGCUCGAUAAAGUAUUUACUGUUCUUGAAACAAUUGAACCCCAAGACACGAAUGCAGAGGGAUCUCUCGUUAUCAACUCUAAGGAGCUUCUAGGCUCUAAGAAUUACGAUCUAUUGGAUAUCCUCUCUACGGAUUGCUAUUCUAACAAGAGUGUUCAAUAUGAUAUGGUACCAGAGGGAGCAUUUUCUGAAAUGGAUAUAGUGAAUAUCCUGGAACUACAGAAUUCGAAGGAAAACUUUCAGUUUGAACAGGGAAAGGUGGCUGUUGAUUAUAACUUUACCAUCCCAGUAACUUUUGAGGAAUAUCAGAUCCUGGAUCUGGAGGUAUCUGAUGUUUUUGAAAUCUUCCUCUGUCUUCAAAAAGCCAUUGAACCAGAAAAUUGUUCUGGGAUGUUCAGCGAAGAGAUGAACUUCAAGAAUUUCGAUCAGUUAGUUGUCAUUUCUGAACUUGCUUUCACAGAUGAUGCCUUCAAGUCUCUGCCUACUCCUCUUUUAUAUGAUUAUGAGAUGACAAAAUCUCUGGAACUCAUUUAUGAGGAUGUAUUGUCAAAGAUCAAGCCCCAAUCCUUUUCUGCAUCAAAUGACAUAUACUUGCCCUGGAACCUUCUUGAGGAAACAAAUUACAGCCAUGAAGGCCCUUUUUGUGACUAUCCGUUUGAAGAAAUAGUUACAUACAACAUUGAUUAUAAGUUGGAAUCUUUAGAAGGAGAGAAAUGGGUUUAUGAUUUCGUUUUCUCUGAAGAUCCUUUCUGCGAGCCACUUGUAGAGAGAGGCACUGAACCUUUCUGUGGUAUAUCUACCCUUGAUGAGAAUUCUCCUCUUAAUACUUCCCAUGGAUUAUUGGAAACCCCUUUUUCAAAAACAGGAGCUGGGGAUUGUGGAGGGAAUGAUAAUGCUAAGAAGGCUGUGCUGUUGUUCAAAUCAAUGUCUGCUUUUGAUGACUUAAAUUUUUUCAUGGAUCCUCAGAAGGCGGUGACUGAAGAGAAUCUCGAGUCUAGAGUUGAAGCUGCUAAGAUUGUCAACCAUAAAAUUAUUUCUGUUGAUCCGACGGCCUCAUGUAUAUCUGGUGGCAUGCACCCAAACCCGAAGACAGAGGAUAUGAUACGUCACUGUGUGCACCCAUCAGAAAAUAUUCUGGCCCUUGUCAGGGACUUUGAGAAGAGCUAUUUAACUCUCGUGAAGGAUGAGUCAGAGUUGAUUUCAACUUUAUCAGAAGAUAAACUUUAUUUACUCAGUAUUUCGAAAGGAAAGCUUAUUGACUGCAUAAAAAAAGCAAAUGUCCAGAAGACACAGUCCGCGGAUGACAAGACUUUCACGUUUGCAUUACUACUAGCAAUUAAACAGAUGACAUGGUAUAUGUGUUUCUUCGGUAUCCAUGUGGCAUAUCUCUAUCUUAACAAGUUAUGUCGGAGCUCAAAUCCCAUGAAGCUAGGAUUGCACACGCUCUACUCGUCAGUUGAAUCAGAACACAUGUCAAUUGAGACAGACAUUACAAGAUCGCAUCCAUCCCUAGCUGUUAUCCAGGGUAUUUUACAGUCAGAAUUUGUCCGGGGGAAUUCUAAAGCAUUAAUUUUGGCUGAGAAAGUUUUUUGGUCCUCGGUGAAAAGGCUAUUAAUGUCCAUGGGGUUAUCUUACAAUGAACUCAACAGUCCGUCCCCAAGUGGAAAUCAGCCAAAUGUUAAUGAAGCCACAGAACUUGGUUUACUGCCGAAUUCAGACUGCCUCCUGGUCUCUUACGAGCGCAUUUCUCCAUCUUUUCCUCUGGAGAAUUUCAGCGUCAUUAUAGAAUAUGGAGGUUCAAAUGCCUCUCCCAGGGUCUCUUAUGCUAUGAAGUUGGAUUCCGUUCCUUGCUUUCAUUUCAUAAAAAUGGAGCUGGAUAUGUCCAGUGCGUGCGGGCAACUCUCUGCAGGUGUUACAAUACCUUAUAGUCUCAAAAUGAUAAAGGUAGAUGAAGUUGAGAGUAAAUCUGGGUGGUUGGAAGAAGUGUUGAACUUUGUUCCACUUGAAAGCGUGUGUUCUGCAGGAUCAUCAGAAACUACAAAGGAAUCUGAAUUUGUCUCCAUGCCUCGAGAAUCUGGAGGAAAAAGUAGGAUAAUUGAACAAGGAUUUCUCCUUGACGACCAAAGAGCAGUGAUUGUAGUGAACACAAAAAAUGUUGAUAAGGAGAUGAUCAUAUCCAGACGAAGUACAUACCAGAAGGUGUUGGCAAUGGAAAAAGAAGGAGUGCAAGUUGUGGAGCGCGAUUCAGAUCUACCUGUGGACCUGAUGCUAAAUCCUGGGAUUUGCUUACUCUGGUAUGACUGUGAAAAUGUUAGUAAGAAGUCGGCUGCAACUAUUAGUGCUUCCUCAAGCUCACUUUCAUGGAUUGGGGAUAUUGCAACCAAUGUUUUGACGUCAUUGAGUUUCAGUUUCAGCAGCUGCAUAAUGGUUUUUGAGGGGGAACCCACCUGCCUGGCUACAGUAAUGGACUCUUCUGAUGAACUGUAUGCAGCAGCUGGUAGCCUGGGAAUCAGUUUACAGAUCUUUUGCUCAUCGUCAGCUGAUAUAACUGAUGAAAUUAUAUUAAGGUGUAUCAAGUCUUCUGUCAAAUUGUCCCCAGUCCAAGCCAAAAUGCCUGAGUCAGAAUCUCUUGCAGAAUCAUUUCUCACCAAAUUUCCUUCCGUGAAUCCGCUUACAGCUCAAGUAAUUCUGUCAUCUGCUGGGUCACUUCUCGAGUUCAUGAAGCUCACACUUAGUAGCAAGGUUCAAAUGAUGCAAAAGUAUCAUGUACCUGAAGAGAGUGUUGAUCUAUUUAGUUCACUAUGCAGAUACGGUGCAAGGGAGGACUCUAAAUCUGUAAUGACAGACAGCUCUUCUUCGGUAUCUUCUGGACCUGACUCAGACACACACCAUUUGAGUGUUCAUUCUGGCUCGAAAAAGAAACAGCACAUUACUAAGAAAGAUGAGAUAGAGAUGGACGACUUGGCCCAUUUUGUUCCCUCGACAGGAUUUGCUUAUGCACAGCUCAAGCCUUCAGAGUUCCAACUUGAUGAUUCUUGGUCGUCUAGAGAUCAUGAGAUAUUCCAUUUUGAUCCUGUCACUGAAUUCCCCGAUGCGCCUCUCAAACCUUCUGGGACCAUUCAUCCUAAUGAUUCUUGGCCAUCUAAAGAUCCUGAGAGAUUUGGCAACAAGUCAGGACCUGGCUCAUCAUCAUCAAAAGAGCCGUUUUGGGAAAAGGAUCUACCUGAUUUUUCAGUGGAGGACAGUCUUCCUGGGAUUCCUGAAGUAGAAGAUUGGAAUUUCCCAGUUGAAGACGGAUUCAUGAGCCAGAACAGAGGAUGUAAAUUUCCGAAGAUGGGAAAUUUUAACUUGCAUGACACUAAGAAUUCAGAGAGUUUCAUCGCAGACUACAAAGGUGAAGUUAUCAACAUACCGGAGAGUAAGUUUCUCGAGGAAGAUUUCCCGCCUUCUCCUGGCUAUAACAGGUAUUCUCCAAUAGUUUCUGAUGUUGAGGAAGACGACCUUCACAGAAAAUCAAAAUUUGCAAGGAAGUUAUCGUUCUCUGAACCUCUCCAGCCUAACUUCCCAAAAACGGCUAAGAUUAACUCGAGUUCUGAAAGAUUAGCCAGCGAGAAAGAUUCAAAAAGAGAGCCAACCUCUUCUUUGCGUGGAUAUGUUGAUAACUUCCCAGCAAAACGCCAACGAACUCUUUUGGAGGAAGUCUUAACUCGGAGAUCUGCGGUUUCCACAACGGAGCUUCCAUUUAGAGAAGAGAUAUCACAUUUUGGUGGAUCUCCACUAUCAAACGCAAUCCAUUCUCCGAAUCCAGUACAAGGAUCUCCUUGGACAAUCGAGUUUCUUAACAGAGUCCGAGAAAGGAGCAGAGAAAGACAGCAGCAACAACCUCUGCCUUCCUUUCUCACUCCCUCUAGUUUGGAAACUCGAGGAGGGAAUCAAAAGAAAUCUAAUAUCAAGAGGAAGAGCCCAUCUAUACUAGAGUUUUUCAAGUAUAAAGGAGGCAACGCUCUUAGAAAAACUCCAGACGAGAAAAGGCAGAAGCGGUCAAAGAAUUCUUCAGACUCGCCACAAAAUGAGAGAUUUUACUCGCCUCUUAGGUCGUGGACACCAAUUGAUAAACGAGCUAAACAGUCUCUAUCUUUCGCGGUGAAUGGAUCUGGAAGCCAAACAAAACUGGUCUGGAAGUAGAGAACCAAACAGCACAAUUGGAGAAUAAGCAAAAACCAGUCAGAAAAUUCAGUGUUGAUGAUCAAAU